AUGGCUUCAUCUAGUUCUACUGCAAUGCGUCCAUUCGGAACAGCUCGUUUGACACCUGGAAGAGCCACAGGAAGACAACAAACCCAACAACAAAUUAGUACACCUGAACCAAUGAUUGCCAUUGCUCUCUCGGAUAUGGAAUAUCUCAUGAGAUCGGCCAGAUCGAGUAGAAGUUCUGGCAGAUCUGAACGCCAACCAGGAUGCACUUGCUGCUGUCAUAUCGCCGCAGGGGUUACUGUAAUCCCACGUGUCGCCCGUUUUUCGAUUGAAGGGGGACUCUCCACUCACACUCUUAUGAAUCAUUCGGAUAAUCGGAUAGCGGUGAAAAUCACUUGCAGUGACAACAAUAUGUAUAGAGUUACUCCCGUUUAUGCAACUGUUGAACCAGGACAAAGUCUUCCACUUCAUAUUGCUCGAAUCACAAGUGACCUAAUAAAACGUGAUCGUCUCUGUGUCAAUAUCCUUGAAGCAGAUGGAAACAAAGAAGCAAGAGAAAUCUUCAAAAAGAAUGCGAAUACGCGUGCACCAGCUUCAAUAAACAUGGCCCUUGAGGCAACAAAUGACAGUCAGAAUCAUCAUCAUCAUCAUCAUCAAGAAUAG